GGACAUAUUUCGAAUGUGUUAGACUUAAGUAUAUAUAUACACACACACGCUGACGUUUUAAGUUAUUUGCCAGUCAGUUUGUGCUUUUAUAAAGACAGCGAGAGCUGAAGCAAUUACGAAAGUAAAAUGAUAAUUCGAACGAUAAUAAAAGCGGUGUUCGUCAUCCUAUCGUUUCACGCCGACCUGACGUUCACAUCUGAGUUUACUAAAAUAAUGGGUGUAGAGUUAUGUCGCAACGAAGAAUUCACGUAUCGUUUACAUACCAUAAUAGUACCUAAACAUUACAAUAUUUCGCUAAAACUCGAUGUACCAUCCUUGGAAGGCCAAAUGAACACAACUAUCCAAAUAACUAAAAAAACGCGGAUGAUAGCAAUGCACGUCAUCGAUCUGGACAUAGACGUCCGCUCGAUAUUGAUCAUGCUAAAUAAACCAAACACACAUGAGAUCGAUAGACCUUUGACAAUAAUACAUUGUCCUGAGAUAAUGUCUGUAGUGCUGAUACUCGAUAAUAUUAUAUGUCCUGGAACUUAUUAUCUAUCCAUGGCAUAUAGAAGUCCCACGCAUGAAAGAAAAGGAUUCUUCACGAUCAAAGAUGAAAAAGAAAAAAAUAAUGAGAUCUUGUCGUACGUAACGACGUUUGAACCACGUAAAGGCGCGCAAUACCUGUUUCCAUGCUGGGACGAACCAAGGUUGAAAGCGACCUUCAAUAUUAGCAUCGAGCAUUCGGCUAUCUACAAAGUUUUCUCCAAUAUGGAAGAAGAAAAGAUUGUGAAAAUAGGGAAGGACACGAAACGGACGAUUUUAAAAUCUACACCCGUGAUGUCUACCUAUCUACUGACAAUCGUUCUUACCAAGUUGAAAUACUCAUAUUAUCCAGAGGAAGAAAUAUGGUUCAGCUAUACACCUAAUAAUGAGACGCUUGAGCUUGUGAAGGUCAUCAAUUUUCUAACAGAUUAUUUCUUUGUGCAAUACACGCAAAAAUACUCAGACAAUUCGAAAUUGAAAAAGUUAAACAUGAAAAAUUCGACAAUUGUAGCUGUACCAGGUCUCCCGUUAAAAGCAAUGGGGGCCUGGCAAAAUAUAUUUUUAAGAAAGAGUGAUCUUCUCUACGAUAAAAGUGUAGAUUUUCCUGGUCGUGUACUUGAUAUAUGGAAGACAAUAUCAUAUGGAAAAACGCGACAAUACAUCCAGAGUUUCGUCUCCCCAAAUCAUUGGUCUCAUAUGUGGUUCAGCAGGGCACUUGCAUUAUACCUCAGUUACAAUGUCCUCGGGAAGGGUUUUAAUAAAGAACAGAUGAUGCAACUUUUUGUAGUGCAGGUUCAAUUGCCUGCUAUGCAUAACGAUAUUGUUCUUAAAGUGCCACCCAUCCUAAGCACAGAUGACCCGAUUUAUUCUACUCUCAUUUACAAGAAAGCAUCCGUUUUAUUAAGAAUGUUAGAGCAUAUCGUUUCAAAAGACAUAUUCCAAAAGGCCUUUGCUGAGUAUUUAUAUACGUAUGCGUAUCAGGCCGCUACACCACACGAUUUCUUCACUAUUAUGAAUAAAUUAAGAGCAACAUCUCCUGUGAUAAAAAAAAUAAUCAAGGAAAUGUCGAAAACGCUAGACAGAAAACGUCGCAUGAUAGAAAAAGAUGACAAUGAGAUAAUAGAUAUAAUGUUCAUCUGGAUGUCGAAAAAAUACUAUCCUGUUCUGACAGUUGAAGGAUGUAAUGGUUCCAAAGAGUUGUAUGUUACAUAUAAUGAGGUAAAACAAGUCCUUACUCCUUCAGACAAAUGGCCAGUACCAGUAACUUAUACCACACAAGGAAAACAUCGUUUCAAUCAACCUGCUUCUAUACAGUGGUUGAAUAAUCAUUACACGGGGUGGAAUUCUUUCCUAGAAUUAACUCUAGAUAACGUAACAGAAUGGGUUAUAUUGAAUUUACAACAAAUCGGUUAUUACCGUGUUCAGUAUGAUAAUAGAAAUUGGUUGAGAAUUGCACGUUUCUUAAAAAAAGACAAGCAAAAAACGAUACAUGUCUUGAGUCGCGUCCAACUCAUCGACGAUGCAUAUUAUUUUCUAAUACAGGGUACAAUAGAUUAUAAGGUUUAUUGUGAGUUGAUUGAUUUCUUGAGGAACGAAAUUGAUUUUAUAGUAUGGCACUCUAUGAUGAACGUGUUACAUUAUAUAUCGCCUUUCUUUAAAUUCCCAGAGAGCACAGACUUCAAGGACCUCAUAAUGGACAUCAUGGAUGAUGUAUUGAUGCAAAUAGAAUACAAUGAGAAAACUGCUGAUGAUAACAUGAUAAAAGCUACGCGAUUGUUACUCCUCAAUUGGAUGUGUAACCACGGCCAUAACAAAUGUAGACAAGCGGCCAGCAAUAAAUUAAGGCCAUACAUAAAAAAUGCUGUAGAGUCACCAAUUUCACCGGGCUGGAAGAAUUGGGUAUAUUGCGCAGGCCUUAUGAAUGCGGAUUAUGAAUUGCGGAUGCUGGCAAAGGAUGAAAUUUUGAAUAAAAAAGAUAAAAAUAUGUUACAAUACAUGACUUGUUACGACAACGAUGUCUGGAUACAGGAAUUACUGACUUGGAUUAUGUUCAAGCCUCGUGAUGAGAAGUUGUCCCUGGACGAUAGGCAAGAAAUGGACUUAUAUCGUACCAUUGUGAAAAAGCACGCAAGAAAAUCUAAUGUGUUAGAUUUUAUCUUAAAAAAUAUGACUCAGAUAUUGCCAGGUAACAUGACGGCUCUCGAGAAAUUGGGUAAUGUCAUCAUGAGUAUAUAUUCUUGCUGUCAUUUUCAAAAGAUUAUGAAAUAUAUAAACUCCAAUGUUGAUUCCGGCGGGGAAAUGCAUGAAGCUAAACGUAUAUUAACCAAUCAAGUAAUUCAAAUAUCAAAGCAUAAGUAUAUGUUUCUGGGACGUUUCCCGUAUAAUGCGGAAGCAGAAGAGUGCUAAUCAAUCAGAUAACGAUGAUACGCAUGUUGUAACCGAUAUGAAUAAAUUUUAUUGUUGGUUUUGAAAUUUCUGACAUUCUACAUGUUCCUGUGAUUUCCUUUUCAAUAUGCUCAAUACAUUAUUUUUAUUUUAAA